AUGGUCGUCUCUGAGUCUAGUCAUCCGGCAAGUCAGCAGCCAGCUUUCAAUGACCAUCCUCCGCUACCCACUGCACUUGGGUAUGAAGCGAUCAUCAAGAAACGGUUCCACGUCCUCAUGUCCAGCCAACCCAUUGAGACCAGCAUGGACACUCGUGAAGGCUUUCUCAGCUUUCCACCCAUGCAGUGCUUUUUUUUCCUUCCUGCCUCCAGACGACUCUUUGGUACAAGGCGCGUAACGGAAAAACAAAAGAGAAAUGAUGUGCCAUGCAAGAUAUCCGGAGACCCCAAACGCCCCUAUUCUGGGUGUUCCAUCUUCUAUCUGCAAAGAUUUUUUGGUGAGUGUUCGCAACGUCGGCUGUUCUAUCCGUCCAUGUCGAUGUUGUGUUUUGCAGAUCCGAGAUGGCCACCAUGA